GCGUCGCAGUCUGGGUUGUAGUGAAUCACAACCGUGGGACGAUAGCUAUUCUAGCUAUGUUUGUUCAUCACGGAGGUUGGCGUUUUCAGUUGAGAUAAAACUCUUGGAAUAAAGAAAGCUCUGUGAUCACUUCGACUACGGUGUCGGCAGCGUUAGACAGUGUGAGCAUGGAUCUGAGUUUUGAGGAGAUGGCCACCUACAUGAGUGAAUUCUUGAAUCCCACCUUCUGCUCCUGCUUCUGAUCACCUUCUGGUCAGACACUCAGAUGUAACGAGCAAGUACUCCACAAAUGUUAGUUCGCAGCUGUGUGUAUUUCCAUCGACAUCAUUAUGAAUUUCAGUAAAGAUGGUCUCGUAUCUGGACACACGUCCUGGGUGUGCAGCUCUAAGACUGAACUCUCUGAUGUUCUGAUCACAAACCAAGAGGAUGAGGGGAGCGAUCGUUCAAAGGAUGUUGGCCCGCCUGCUUCUGGCAAGUGUGUACCUAUGCGCCUGGAGCAGACAGAGGAACGGUCCCCGUGUGUCAUCACGUUUCUGUGUACGCCUCAGUCCGGGGUCGGCAUCACCAGCGUCUUGGUCGUGAGCGAGGCCCGCACCAUUGAGGUGUAUUCCCUGUCUGGCGACUACUGUGGCACUAGCCGUGGUGAGGAGGAUCCAAGAUGGCACGCUGACGGAGCUGAGGAGAACACCACCUUCUAUCGGUGUCGCCUGGUGUUGGAAUGCCCUGUUGCAUCGUGUGAAGUGAAGCAGCUGCUCUCUCUGGGCGGGCGUGCGGCGGUGGGUGUCGGCCUGCUGGGAGUUGGCCUGGGGAAGCUUCAGGCUGAUCAGUGCGCAGGUCUGGGCGUCGACCUCCAGCGUGUCCAGGCCAUGAUGGAGGAGAUGGGGACCACCCUCUCGCCAGGAGCGCAGAACCUCAUGGAGAUGGUGCAGUUUCAGCAAAAGAACAAAGCUGACGUCCUUGGUGGCUUACUGCCUCUGCUGAUGGGUGGAGGUGCAUUGGCCUGUCUGGCCAAAGGGCCCGCCCCUGUGGGACAGCUUGGCUCUGAGGAGGCGGGGCAGCUCGUGGGCCCGCCUCCGCAGUCUGGAACGCAUCCUCUGCCAUCAGCCGGUGGCCAGGGCAGGGCCCUGGACAUCGCACCUGCCCCGGUGGCCUCUCUGGAUGGGCAGCAGUGCCCGGUCAGCUCCGAUCUGCUGCCCGUGCUCCAGAGUGUGUGCGGCCAGGUCAGUCAGCUCCGCCUACACGCGCUGACCUCGGCAGAGGCGAAGAGGAACGGAGAGCGGGAGUACCACCUGUGCUGUGGAGGGGUGGAAGAGGCUCUGGAGAAGGUGGUGGAGAGGCGCAUGCAGGAGCUGGAGAGGCGGCUGAAGGAACACAUGGACCUACGGCUGGACGCCCUCCAGCAGAGGCUGGAGCUGGCACUGCACCAGGCCAUCACGCACGCGCCCCACCCGCAGUAACCGGGGGCACCGCUCACCCAGCGACGGGUCACCUGGCGCGAACAGCUGGCGCGGGGUCCGCUGGGACGACACUUUCCCAAGGGAGGACUUGUUUGAAAAACUCGCUGUAACUGUGUGGAGUGUUGCUAGCGUUUAUGGUUUAUGGUCCGUCGUGGUGUUGACGGAGAAAAAUCGCUGUAGAUGUUUUCAACAGGAGAAACCUUUUCUCCACAGCAACCUGUGGACCUUAAAAGUUUUCAACAAGGAGGAGAAAGGAGGUGUCAGUGAUGUUGGGACAGGAGGCAGUGGAUAUGCUAAUUAAUGCUAAUACCUGCUGACGCAAAUGUUAAACAGCCUACAAUACAGACCUAACUUGUCUUCUUUACGUGACUCAGAGAUAUGAUCCACAUUUUAUUAACAAUGCUGCUAUGAGACCUCUCUCUUGUAAUAGGCCAUUCAUCCUAUUGAUUCACUUCAGAGGCUAGCCUUGCAGAAGCCCUUGGGCCGCAUGUCUGACUCCAGGGCCGGGAACCAGGGCCAUCGGAGCACAAUUAACACUCCCGUACGUUCUUGAGUGCAAAACCCCUGACUCAGUCGAUCGUUUCCUGGUCGGGUGUAAGCAGCACGUGCCGUGGCAGGACGGAGCUCCCGCUGCUCGGUGGCUCUCGGCUCCAGCCUCCUUCUUUAAGUCAUUUUUAAUACCGUCAUCGUUCUUUUUGGGUGAUUGUUUGUUCAUUGAUAUUCUUUAAUGUUCUCAACAUUAAACAUUAAAAGUGUGUUGUGCUA